CGAGAUGGCAAACAACCCACAGUGGAGGGCACGACAUAUAAGGCCAUGAAUACGUCGUGUUUGGAAACGAAACGCAGUAUGCCUCGUCGACCCGUACCCUGCCAGUUUACAAGUCACGGCAAGCCACUCCUUUAACCAUCACCAACAAAAUGGCGCCACUUUGGUCCAUCGCCUCCUUUGUCACCCUCUGUGCCGCAGCACCAUACGCCAAGCGACAGGCCAACUCGAGCUCAUUCGUCACCGUCUCAGGUGGCCAGUUCCAGCUGGAUGGCGAGCCCUUCCUGUUCGCCGGAAGCAACGCCUACUUUUUGCCAUUCGGCAGCCAGGCCGAUGUCGAAGCCGGGCUCACUGCUGGAAAGGAAGCAGGAUUGAAGGUCUUCCGCACGUGGGGAUUCAACGACAACAACGCAACCUAUAUCCCCAGUGGCCUUCCCCAGUAUGGGACAGGAAACGAGGGGACCACCUUCCAGAAGUGGUCGCCUGAUGGCACUUCCGUCAUCGAUGUCACGCACUUCGACAAGGUCGUUGCCGCCGCAGAAAAGACCGGCAUCAAGCUGAUUGUCACACUGACAAACAACUGGGCUGACUAUGGAGGCAUGGAUGUCUACACUGUCAACCUGGGCGGACAAUAUCACGACGACUUCUUCCGUCUUCCCGCAGUCAAGGAGGCCUACAAGCGAUACGCAGAGGCCAUGGUCACCCGCUUCAAGGACUCACCCGCGAUCUUUGCAUGGGAGCUCGCCAACGAGCCCCGCUGCGGUGCCGACGGCACCCGCAACCUCCCCCGGGGGCCCGACUGCACGCCAGAGCUGCUUACGGCCUGGACGGACGAGAUGAGCACGUACAUCAAGAGCAUCGACAGCAACCACCUGGUGACGUGGGGCGGCGAGGGCGGCUUCAACGACCCCAGCAACGCCGACGGCUUCUACAACGGGUACGACGGCGGCGACUUCGACGCCGAGCUGGCCCUGCCCAACAUCGACUUUGGCGUCUUCCACUCCUACCCCGACUGGUGGAGCAAGACGAUCGAGUGGACCAACCAGUGGAUCAAGGACCACGCGGCCUCGGGGCGUGCCGUCGGGAAGCCGGUCGUGCACGAGGAGUACGGCUGGUUGACGGACGACAAGAGGCAGGAGUACCUCGGCACCUCCUCCAACGUCACCAGGGUGGAGGCCCUCAGCGGCUGGCAGGAUCUAGGCAUCGAGGAGGGGCUCUCGGACCUGUAUUGGCAGUUUGGCUACUCGGACUUCUCGUACGGUCGGAACCAUGAUGACGGAUUCACCAUCUACCUGGACGAGGAGGAGGCACAGCCGUUGGUGUAUGACCACGCUGCUAAGGUCAACGCACUCUAG